AUGCAGAUCUUCGUGAAGACCCUUACCGGCAAGACCAUCACUCUUGAGGUCGAGUCCAGCGAUACCAUCGACAACGUCAAGACCAAGAUCCAAGACAAGGAGGGCAUUCCUCCCGACCAGCAGCGCCUGAUUUUCGCGGGAAAGCAGCUUGAGGAUGGUCGCACCCUUUCCGACUACAACAUUCAGAAGGAGUCGACCCUUCACCUCGUUCUCCGUCUGCGCGGUGGAAUGCAGAUCUUUGUCAAGACCCUCACUGGUAAGACUAUCACCCUCGAGGUGGAGUCUAGCGACACUAUCGACAAUGUGAAGACCAAGAUCCAGGAUAAGGAGGGUAUUCCUCCUGACCAGCAGCGCUUGAUCUUCGCUGGUAAGCAGCUUGAGGAUGGCCGCACUUUGUCAGACUACAACAUUCAAAAGGAAUCUACUCUUCACUUGGUGCUCCGCCUUCGUGGUGGUAUGCAGAUUUUCGUCAAGACUCUCACUGGAAAGACCAUUACGCUGGAGGUGGAGUCCUCUGAUACAAUUGAUAAUGUAAAGACGAAGAUUCAGGACAAGGAGGGUAUUCCUCCGGAUCAGCAACGUCUCAUUUUCGCCGGAAAGCAACUCGAGGAUGGUCGCACUCUGUCUGAUUACAACAUUCAAAAGGAAUCCACUCUUCACCUCGUCCUCCGUCUCCGUGGUGGUAUGCAGAUCUUCGUUAAGACGCUCACUGGGAAGACGAUCACAUUGGAAGUUGAGAGCUCUGACACAAUCGACAACGUCAAGACGAAGAUUCAAGACAAGGAGGGUAUCCCACCUGACCAGCAGCGUCUCAUCUUCGCUGGUAAACAGCUGGAGGAUGGGCGUACGCUCUCUGACUACAACAUCCAGAAGGAGAGCACGCUCCACUUGGUCCUCCGUCUCCGCGGUGGCAAUUAA